CGAUGCAGUUGCGGUGCAUCGGAUAUCGGAACUUCGGCGGUCUUCUGCCGCCUCAGUUCCUCAAUCCUCUAGGCGGCUUCGCCGCAUGGUCUAUGUAAUUUUUUAGCUCAAAAUUCAUUUAAGUUAAUUGUUCCUUUUUUGGACAUUUAUUGAUAAUUUAUUUUUUCGUUUAUUGCACUUUUUGAAUUAUUUAUUGCUUUUUCGAUAUUUUUUUAUUGUGAAUUUUCUAAUUUAUUAUGGAAAAAUCAAAUUUAUUUAUGGAAAAUUCGAAGUUUUUUGGUGGGAAAAAUGGUUUUUUUUUAUUGCAACAGUUGAUUUAUUCAUUGCAUUUUUGACGUUUUUAAUUGCUCAAAAUUUAAUUAUUUAUGGAAACUUUUGAUUUAUUUAUGCACUUUUUUAUUUGUUUAUGGAAAUUUUGUUAUUUAUUACUGCUUACAUCCCUGUUUCUUCACAGGGACUUCUGGAAUUAUUUAUAGAGAAUGACCACUAUCUUAUGUGUCGUUAAUAUUUUAGCCUAGAGCUAACUGAGGAUACCACUUUGUAAGUAACUAUGCAUUUCUUAUACUCAGGUCUUUUUAACAUAAUAAAUCUUACUCCCAGCAUAAGAACUCGGCACCACAACUCAACCGUGCGCUUCUAAUAGAAGGUUCGAAAUUCUUUCCAACAAAGCUUAAGAAAGUGUUUCGAAUAGUGGAGGUAAGGAUGCCUGAAACGGAUCGGUUCGACUGUAAGCUCUGCCAGAGGUCGUCCACGUUGGGCUACAUGGUCUUCUGCGCAGUGUGCCGAGAAUGGUAUCACUACCAAUGCGUGGGAGUAACGCCAGCGAUAGCCAACGAAAGCUGGAUGUGCGCUCGGUGUGCGGCUUUGCCGUCAUCGUCUCGGAUUGGCGAGCUGUCUGAAAACGAUCUUGUAUUCCCAGCAACUAAUGUCAACGUUUCGUCCACGAUGACUACCAAUCCACAGUUAGCCGCAGCACCGAACUCCUCCGUGGUAACGAUCGCAACCAACUCUGGGUUUACGCUAGCUGGAACAGCAGCAUUUUCAACGGCAUCGUCGACUGUGCCUCCUGGACUGGUGCCGCCCACUGUGACUGGGCCCUCUGGACAGGUUCCGGCAACGAUGAUUUCAACUGCUACGAUUUACGGCCAACAAGGUCGUGCAAGGUGUCAUCAGUGGAGUGGCAUCGAACAGCUUUCCACAGAGUUUCCACUGGCCCGAUUUCUGCAGGUUAGUGUUCUACAACGCCAUCUAUUACUUUGUACGGGUACUAGCCACCAGGAGGGAUCACUCUCAACAAAUCAGUACUUCCAAAAUCUCUACACGGCUGAAGAGACACAUGCAGAAGCAGAGCAAGAGUUCCUGAGUGACCAGAUUAUUCCAGACGGUGAUGAGCCGAACACUGCGAGCAUGAGUGAAAUCACCACAUCUGAAAUCUGGACAGCGAUCAAAACAAGUGCUCCAAACAAAUCCCCAGGACCCGACGGUAUUCCGAGAGAAUUUUACCUUCGGACCUUUGACGUAAUACAUAGAGAGAUGAAUCUUAUUCUAAAUGAAGCCCUUGCCGGAAAUUUCCCGUCGGAGUUUGUGGAUGGUGUAAUAGUAUUAGUCAAAAAUAAAGGAGCAGGAGAUACUGUUAGUGCCUACCGUCCCAUAUCUCUGCUAAAUGUGGACUACAAAAUUCUCUCUCGCGUACUAAAAUCGAGACUAGAAAUCGUCAUGCGAGCUCACAGAGUCCUCGGAGAAGCCCAAAAAUGCGGGAACACAGACAGAAAUAUUUUUCAAGCUACCCUUGCGAUUAAAGACCGAAUUGCUCAAAUGAUACAUCGUAAACAGAGAGGAAAACUCAUUUCCUUCGAUCUGGAACAUGCUUUCGACAGGGUAUCUCGACGUUUCCUCUCGAAAACAAUGAUUUCUCUUGGAUUUAAUGGACAGCUAGUAACCCUACUGGAGAAUAUUGCUGCGAGAUCAUCCUCCCGCAUUUUGAUCAACGGUAAGCUCUCACAACCAUUCCCCAUCCAACGAUCUGUUCGCCAGGGUGACCCUCUUUCGAUGUGUCUGUUCGUGAUAUACCUGCAUCCAUUACUCUGCCGGCUGGAACGUGUAUGUGGAACAGAUCUUAUCGUUGCUUAUGCAGACGACAUUAGUGUGCUGGUGACGUCAUCAGAGAAGGUAGAGCGUAUGAUGACUCUUUUUCGCCGUUUUGGACGUGCUGGAGGAGCAAAGCUGAAUUUGAUGAAGACUACUGCAAUCGAUGUGGGCUUCAUUGAUGAAGGUACGCUUGUAGUGCCUUUCUUGACUACUGUUGAGAAAGUCAAAAUUCUAGGGGUGUUUUAUGCGAACUCCAUCAGGCUUAUGAUUAAGCUUAACUGGGAAGCUGUCAUCGCAAGCUUCUCGCGACUGAUUUGGCUGCAUUCAUUGCGAGCCUUGGCGUUGCAUCAAAAGGUGGCCGUAUUAAACACAUAUAUUACAUCGAAAAUCUGGUAUCUAUCAUCAAUCUUACCAGCCUAUAGUAUCCACAUUGCGAAGAUAACGGCCAUAAUGGGAAAUUUCCUGUGGAGCAGAGUGCCGGCCAGGGUCCCUAUGCAACAAUUAGCAAGAAACCGUGAGGAUGGCGGGCUUAAACUGCAAUUACCGGCACUUAAAAGCAAAGCGUUACUAAUAAAUAGACAUCUUCGCGAAAAGGAAUGCAUGCCAUACUACAGGUCGUAUAUGGAUCGAGUAAAUCCCACACCUGUAAGGAUUCCUGCUGAUUUUCAGUGUUUAAAACAAGUUUAUCAGCAUCUGAGUAGUCUACCCCAUCAUAUCCUGCAAAACCCCUGCAUCGUCAGCAUUCAUGAUGUUUUCGUGAAGCAAACUGAUGUCCCCAGAAUAAUGCAGAAAUUUCCAGCUCAUAAUUGGCGAAGAAUAUGGCAAAACGUCAAUGAUUCCAAGAUUCCUGUGAAAACUAGGAGUGACCUGUAUCUGAUUGUGAAUGAGAAAGUAGUCACAAAGAAGCUGAUGUUUGUGCUAGGGCGAUCUGACAACGAAAAUUGUGAACACUGUGGGGCAAUGGUGGAAACAAUUCAGCACAAAUACAGUGACUGUCAACGGAUUUCUGGAGCAUGGAGUCAUUUUCAACGGAGGAUCAUGGCAACCGCUGGAGGCUGGAGGAGACUAUCCAUUGACGAGCUAUUGCGACCAACCCUAAACGGAAUUAGCAGAAGAAAUAGAAAAUUAAUUCUUGAAUUAUUUGCAUUUACAUUUCUUUUGUAAACGGAUGUAAUAAUGUAGUUGACAUAAAUGCAUUAGAUUUUGCACUGCAAUAUGGAAUUUAAAACACUUAAUGUAAAGUAGCAUUAACUUUUAAUAAAUAAACAAAACUUUAUUUUACAAAAAAAAAAAAAAAAAAAAAAAAUUAGCACUCAGGUUUCUUCGAUAGAUUUGAGGAAUGCGAACUUGACAAACGUGGUAACGGCCUGUCCAACGAUUCCAAAAGUAUCGAUUCCGCAACCAUCGGUUUAUGGAGGGUUGUCAGUGAACGCAAGUGCACCUAGACUGAACCAACAUCCCAUCGUAUUGCAAGAUCCCGUGAGUGGGUAUUCUCCAUCGAGUUCAGGCCAAGCUCUUCGGUCAAGCUUCCCGUGCCCGGUGGGUCCAGUGCAGCAGCAACUGUUGGCAAGGCAAGUCUUGCCAAGAGAUCUUCCGCCGUUUCGAGGGGAUCCUGAAGAUUUAACGCUGUUUUCCAGUGCAUACACCAAUUCGACGGCCGCCUGUGUGUAUUCCAAUGUGGAAAAUCUGGCUCGGCCACAACGUGCGCUACAGAGCGAAGCGUUCGAGGCGGUGAAGUGCUGCUUACUCUUUCCGGCGUGUGUCCUUCAUGUCAUGCUCACGUUGUACAUGCUGUUACCGCACCGGAGCUGAUAAUCCAGACAUUGUUGGACAAAGUUCUUGAGACUCCAGCAUCAAGAGCAGACAGGUUGGAAACGUUGAUCACUUCCGGCAUGGCGGUUCAAAUCCUGUGCGACCACAUCGAGACAACUGGGCAAAUGGCACACCUGUGUAAAAAAAAGACAAUCACACCGUCUUCGACCUUGCGGCCUCUACAGACUGAACAUUACAAACAUUUGACAACGGACAACACAUACAACACCCAGUGGCCCAGUGGAGAAUUUUUCUCUGAGGCUUACAAGACACCUAAACGACUGACGCCGCUAACCGCUCGGCCACGUAACCCAGUUUUAUUGCGAGAAUAGGUGGACAAAAUUCCCACGCAGCUACGUUUUUAUUGUAUUUAUUUAUUUAUUUCGUCAAACAAUAACGUAGACUACAUUUUCACUUAUAGCUAUAUUCUAUGGUUUCUCAAGGAAUUAAAGUAUUUUUUAAUAUUUGUUCGAGACAUGGUUAUAUCUAUACAUGCGCAGUGCUGAUUAUAAAGAUUCAUCAUUCGAUUUAAAGGAAGAAAUUUCGCAUAAUCUGUUCGAUGACUGUUAAGAGCAAAUAGGUUACGUCCUCUUAAUGGUCUAACUGGAGUAUAGAAAUUGAUGUUUGAUAAUAGAUUCGCAGAAUCAAUGCGAUGAGAUACUAAAUCAUUUAGAAAUGACACCAUGGAUAAUUCGCGACGUUCUUUCAAAGUUUGGAUAUCUAUGAGCAUUGUAGUGCAAAACGAGCCAAUUCUACAUACGCGACGAACGUGCUAUCGUUCGUAUCCCAACGCUUACGUUUGCAAAUUAAUUACAACAAUGUAUCGCUCGCCAAAUCGAUAUGAGCAUACGACGGUUCGAUCGAGACGACGACGACGCGUCGUCCGCUGACCUAAGCAUAAAUCACUCCAGGAAACUUCCAUAAGGUUCUAUGUAAACACAUUGUAUGAUAUACUUUUGGCAGUCUGGCUGGCCCUAUAAAAGGGGUCUUCCCAGGCCGAAUAAAACAGUUCAAUUUGGUCUUCGGACCUCAACGCAUAACAUCGUUCUUAAUCGAUAUCACCGCCGAGUGUUGUAAAAUAAGACACAGCAUUACAUGGCGACCGUGCCAAGUGGCCGAACCUUCUCCGAGGAAAAUUCUGUGACUGUGUGAUUCGUUAAGGAACGCUUGCUGAAAUUUUCAAAGUGAUUGCGUAACUCGUGAUGGGAAAACAACAGUCCAAAACAACAUCAAUCAGCGGCGACCCACAAGUGAAUAUAGUGAACCAGCUAGAAGAUCACAGUAUCCUGCAUGAAGAACAUGCCAUAAAAUUGUGGAUCCUUCUUGCUCUUAAUAUUAUACAACUAUCUGUGACUGCCUACAAAUGGCACGCAAAACACGUCAGGCGCAGAG